GCUCUAUAUUGCCAAAAGUAUUGGGACACCCCUCCAAAUCAUUGGAUUCAGGUGUUCCAAUCAUCUUCAUGGCCACAGGUGUAUAAAAUCAAGCACCUAGGCAUGCAGGCUGCUUUUACAAACAUUUGUGAAAGAAUGGGUCGCUCUAAGGAGCUCAGUGAAUUCAAGCGUGGUACUGUGAUAGGUUGCCCAUUGUGCAGUAAGUCCAUCUGUGAAAUUUUCUUGCUACUAAAUAUUCCACAGUCAACUGUUAGUGUAUUAUAACAAAGUGGAAGCAACUGGGAACAACAGCAACUCAGCCAUUAAGUGGUAGGCCACGUAAAAUGACAGAGCGGGGUCAGCGCAUGCGAAAGCACACAGUGCGCAGAAGUCGCCAACUGUCUGCAGAGUCAAUAGCUAAAGACCUCCAAACUUUGUGUGGCCUUCAGAUUAGCACAACAGUGCAUGGAGAGCUUCAUGGAAUGGGUUUCCAUGGC